AUGGAGACUCUCAGGAGUAUGUCCUGUCUCUGUCUGUACCUCUGCUUACUACAGCCUCCUCUACAAGGUCUGGAGAUGGUGGACCCAGAGGAGGUAGAGUAUGUCCGCCAGCAGGCCAGAGGGGUGGUCGGGGGCUCUGUGACUCUAGAAUGUGGCUCCAAUAUGCCUGAUAUCCUCAUCUGGGGAUUCACCAGGCCUGGGUCCCAGUCUAACCUCGCUGUGGCUUAUAACUAUGGACAUGGCCCCGUGCUCCAGCCUCUACUCUCCAGCAGCCUGGGACAUCUGAGGUUGGUUCCCAACACGUCUUCUCUGCUGUUGGACGAGCUGCACCAGGAGGCCCAAGGGAUGUACACCUGUCAGGCCAUCUACAACACUGACCGGGGAGCUACAAUCACCUUCUACUACACACACCUAGAGGUGGUGGAGGAGGACUGA